AUGGCAAGUGUGGUUUGCCAGAAGCCUGCCGUCGAUUACUUCACAUCGUCACGGCAGCAAACUGAACAGAGUAAUUCCCCAUUCAACUGGGAUAGUGAGACUGCACUCGUCAAUAACUCAGACUCCUGUGACUCUCUUCUUCCAUCACCAACUUCAUCCGACCCAAUCUUCUCCAAACCUUCUUACAUUCUCCCAAAAGAAGAGCCAUUCCUAAAUACCAACCGCAAAUCAUCCACAGGUCAAGCAUUUGACUUUAGCACCUUUGAAGAUUGGAUGCGCUGGGACGACCCAAGUGACGCAGCUCUAUCGCCCACCUCAGAUCUCUUCCCAGAACUCAAGAUUGAGCCUCUAUCGCCUAAUAUGAGCGGCCUCGAACUGUCCCGCAACCUUUCAAGUAUCGACGAAGCAGCCGUAUUCGGUGACGAUAAUCUGGUCGAAACUGGAGAACAGCUCUUUCAACCCACACCCAAUAAUCUCAUGAGCUCGCCCAUUAUCGACAUCUCGUCUAGAGAAGGAUUAUACUCUACCCCUCUUUCCUGGGCACGACCUCAAAUGAACUCAAAUUUCAAUCCCACCAUCCGCCGCGCACAAACCAUUCCCCAGCCUCAACAACAGCAACCCAUCCUCUAUAACCGCACUCUCACCCCCCAGGAAGAAAUCCAACUCCGCGCUAUAGCCAUGCCCCAACGAACCCAGGUCCAAUCUGCGUACCCUACUUCCCCAACCUCAUCCAGAAGCUCCCCAUCACAUUCUCCGAUCUCCAGACCUACACGUCAAUCUAUGUCAAAUUCUAAUCAUCCCAAUAAUCUGAAACGCAAAUCAUCAGCUUGUUCUUCAGACUCGAAUUCUGACGGUGAAGAUGAGAUACCCGCUCGUCAUCCACCGAUCAAGAAGACCGCUCAUAACAUGAUCGAAAAACGAUAUCGAACAAAUCUGAACGAUAAGAUUGCUCUAUUGAGGGAAAGCGUACCCAGUCUGAGGGUAAUGACUAGAAAGUGUUCGAGGGGACAAGAAGAUGGCGAUGAGCAUAUUGUUGGAGAAGACGAGGAGGAAGAUUUACAAGGUUUAACACCAGCACAUAAAUUGAAUAAGGCAACUGUAUUAUCCAAAGCAACAGAAUACAUCAACCACCUCGAAAAACGCAACAAAUACCUCCAAAAAGAAAACUCAUGCCUCAAAUCACGCGUCGAAGCUUUCGAGAUGUUAGUCAUGUCCAGCCAAACACAGAACGGCGCACCCCAACAAACGAAUGGAAUGCAAAGGGGAAGAUAUGGAUCCUGA